UGAUAUCAAUAUGGCGGUUGUCAGCCAGACAAAGACAGUCAGUCUGAUGUGAUUGAGACAAGAGAGGUUUUCAGGGGGAGACUGGGAGAUACGGGCCUCCCCUCCCCCUUCUCCUCUUCCUGCGCCGGCCUCAACCCCUCCCCAGACCCCUCCCGACUGGCGCCCCACGCGGAAGACACCCCUCCCCCUCCCGCUUUCCCCUCCUCCCAGCCUCAGCCAUUCGUACUGGGACGUUGGGGAGGGGGCUGUGCCGGGCGGAGAGAACUCAGCGAGGAUUCUGAGAAUGAUAAAUAACACUGAUCAUCUCUAGGAAGAAUAUUGAUUCACCUCAUGUAAAGUAUGCUCAGUUCCUUUCCAGUGGUUUUGCUGGAAACCAUGUCUCACUAUACAGAUGAACCCAGAUUUACCAUAGAGCAGAUAGAUCUGCUUCAGCGCCUUCGGCGUACUGGAAUGACUAAACAUGAAAUUCUCCAUGCUUUGGAAACAUUGGACCGUCUUGAUCAAGAGCAUAGUGACAAGUUUGGAAGAAGGUCCAGCUAUGGAGGAAGUUCUUAUGGGAAUAGUACCAACAAUGUUCCAGCAUCUUCCUCUACAGCCACAGCUUCCACACAGACCCAGCAUUCUGGAAUGUCCCCAUCACCUAGCAACAGUUAUGAUACCUCCCCACAGCCUUGCACUACCAAUCAAAAUGGAAGGGAGAAUAAUGAGCGAUUAUCUACAUCCAAUGGAAAGAUGUCACCCACUCGCUACCAUGCAAACAGCAUGGGUCAGAGGUCGUACAGUUUCGAAGCCUCAGAAGAGGACCUAGAUGUAGAUGAUAAAGUGGAGGAGUUAAUGAGGAGGGACAGCAGUGUGAUAAAAGAGGAAAUCAAAGCCUUUCUUGCCAAUCGGAGGAUUUCCCAAGCAGUUGUUGCACAGGUAACAGGGAUCAGUCAGAGCCGGAUCUCUCAUUGGCUGUUGCAGCAGGGAUCAGACCUGAGCGAACAGAAGAAAAGAGCAUUUUACCGAUGGUAUCAACUUGAGAAGACAAACCCUGGGGCUACACUAAGUAUGAGACCAGCCCCCAUUCCAAUAGAGGACCCAGAAUGGAGACAAACACCCCCCCCAGUCUCUGCCACAUCUGGCACCUUCCGACUACGGCGAGGGAGUCGAUUUACCUGGAGAAAGGAGUGCCUGGCUGUCAUGGAAAGUUACUUCAAUGAGAAUCAAUACCCAGAUGAAGCCAAGAGAGAAGAAAUUGCAAAUGCUUGCAAUGCAGUUAUACAGAAGCCAGGGAAAAAACUAUCAGACCUGGAACGAGUUACCUCCCUGAAAGUAUAUAAUUGGUUUGCUAACAGACGGAAGGAGAUCAAGAGGAGAGCCAAUAUUGAAGCAGCAAUCCUGGAGAGUCAUGGGAUAGAUGUACAGAGUCCAGGAGGCCAUUCCAACAGUGAUGAUGUUGACGGAAAUGACUACUCAGAGCAGGAUACUUGGCAAGUACGCAAUGGGGAGGAGGAGGAGGGAAGAAGUUCAGAGGGAGGCAGAGAAGCAGAGAAGGAUGACAGCACUAGCCAUAGUGACCACCAAGACCCCAUCUCAUUAGCCGUGGAAAUGGCAGCAGUCAACCAUACUAUCUUGGCCUUGGCCCGACAAGGAGCCAACGAAAUCAAGACAGAGGCCCUGGAUGACGACUGAUCAGGGAGGGUUGAACAUGAGAAGUUAACUUAGUUUAGACGUAGCACCUUAGCAGACUUUCCUCGGUCCUUAACAUGUGUUCUUACAGUAUAACCGGCAGUCUCUUGUAUGUCAGUUAGCCGUUAGGGUCUUGUUCUGUGAAGAUGGCAUGGUGCCCUCAGCCUUUGCAUAUACUCUCUCAGUAUUAAUUCCCAGUAAAUAAUAACCAACCAACCAAACACACUUCCCUCUCCCAGCCCCCGAGGCUAGAAAAUCUUGCUGCUCUGUCUUAGCAUUCCAAGAAAGUGCUUCCAGGUAUUUAGAUAGCCCUCAGUUCUCAAAUACUAGGCUACGUGUAAAACCUUGGGUACCUUUAGAUUCCUGUAACACUAGUCUGUACCCUUUUCCUUCCCCAAGACUGAUAGGAUGCAAGCUGAGGUAGUGUGGCCCAGGAUUGGCAGACACCAUUUGGGGAGUAUCUGCAGAGUAAAAGGAACACUAGAAUUCCCACUCAGUGGGAAUCAUUGAUUUCCAGCUGCAAUAAGCCGUGCCUCAUAAUAGUCACACCGUGGCUAUAUUAUACUUCUUUGGGUGCUGUGGAAAAAUGUGGAGUGUCCAUGGAAACACUUGAUCUCAGAUUUUGGUUGAUGUUAACAUGCCUGACACAGACAUCCUUUCCUCUCACAAGCUGUGUGACUAAGUAGAUAAAAUACUGCCUUCUGCCUUUGGGACCAUGAUUCAAACACACAAAAAACAAAAGUCAUUUAAAAGAAAAAACUAUAAAACAAAAAAACCAGAAACCCAGCUUGAGAGCAUUGGAAAAAAAAAAAACAAAAAACAAACAAACAAAAAAACCAUGAGCUGAAUGUCUAAUGGAUGUUAAGUCCAGUUCUCAGAACCACUGUACAUUACGUGGCACAGGUAUGUGCCUGCCUGGAAAAGUGCUGGAGGUCAUCAUGGAUGCUGCUUUGCCUCCUGUUUGUGUCCCCUUUCCCUGCUACCAAAAAAAGUCUUUCAAGGAUGGAGCUAAGGUCACAAAUGAGUGAAUGAACUUCCAGUCUUUGUAUCCAUUAACUGAAGCCCCCUCAAUAUGAGAGGUGAUAGAGGAACUUUAUAGUGGGAUUAUGCUGACUGACUAUCACAAUUGCAAAUACUUUCCUAAAUAGCAGAAAAAAGCAGGGGACAAUUGCCACUUAGGUGGUGUGUCUUCGAGAUACAACGUGAUGUGACUGCUUUGGUGUUCUCUUUACUCUGUCCUUGUAGAGGUGUGAAAAGCUAUAUUGCUACAGGCAAUUUAUUUAAUAAUUGGAAGCCAUAUUGAUAAUGGAUGUGGUAAUAUUUGUAAAGUUUAAUCUACUUUAAGCGGCAGUAACUAAUGGAAUUUUUUUCCUUGAUCA